AUGAUGCAGUUAGCAGAACGAUGCUUCACUUCCAGCUCCAACCUGCCCAAACCUUUCUACAGCUUAUCCUCAUCUCCCGAAAGCCAGAGCCCGGCAUCCUCUCAGCUCGACUUCCCGGACAGCGAGCGGGCCGACAGUCUCCAGGACACCGGCGUUAUCCACAAGAAGUUCGCCGGCUCCGGGAUGCUGACAGAUAGCCAGAGCCAUAGCUUCAGCACGGCUAAAGUAGGGGCGCCGGCGGCCGCAGACCGGGCCAAGGGCUCCCCGUCUGGGGCGGCGGACGAGGACUUGGCAGAAGUUCGCUACAGUUUGGACAGUCUGGGGCCCGAUCGGUAUUUCCUGUCUCCCGUGGCCCCGCAAAACCUGAGCCCCGGCCACCAGCACCAGGCGCAGACCCAGCAGCAGAUAGCGCCUAACCCUGGCUCCUUGCUGCCAUACCCCGGGCAACACUCCUCAGCUUUCCCGGUGAACGGGGCCAGCCGUUACCUGAGUCCUCACUCCGUGCUGAGCAACGGCGCCUACAAUCCGAUUUUAACGCCGGCCGGAGCCCAGGCUCUAGCCCCCUCGGCUUAUCCAGCGUACCCCGGCUCAGGGCGCUCUCAGUAUGGACACGGUUACCAGAGCGGACCGCUCUAUCCACAGUACACCCCCAGCAUCCCGCACCCGACCCGGGCACAGGUCUACCUCUGCAAUCGGGCACUUUGGCUGAAAUUUCACCGGCACCAGACCGAGAUGAUCAUUACCAAACAGGGCAGGCGUAUGUUCCCCUUCCUGAGUUUCAAUAUUUCUGCUCUCAACCCAACCGCUCAUUACAAUGUGUUUGUGGAGGUUGUGUUGUCCGAUCCCAAUCACUGGCGAUUUCAAGGUGGAAAAUGGGUGACUUGCGGAAAAGCUGACAACCAUAUUCAAGGUAACAGAUCUUAUGUCCACCCUGAGUCUCCAAACACUGGAGCUCACUGGAUGAGACAAGAGAUUUCCUUUGGGAAACUUAAACUGACUAACAACAAGGGCGCAACCAACAACAAUACUCAGAUGGUUGUAUUGCAGUCCUUGCACAAAUACCAACCACGCCUUCAUAUCGUGGAGGUGAAUGAAGAUGGUGUAGAGGACGUAUCUGAUUCUUCAAAAACACAAAUGUAUACAUUCCCAGAAUCGCAGUUUAUUGCUGUCACUGCCUACCAGAACACUGAUAUUACCCAGCUGAAGAUAGAUCACAAUCCUUUUGCCAAAGGUUUCAGAGACAACUAUGAUUCUAUGUUCACUACUCCAGAAAAUGACCGAUUGACCCCAUCUCCCACGGAUUCACCCCGAUCCCAUCAGAUAGUGCCUGGGGCCCGUUAUGCCGUGCAACCCUUCUUCCAGGAUCAGUUUGCCAACAGCAUACCAUCAGCCCGGUUCUACAAUGGUGAACGUGCAGUGCCCCAAACAAGUGGCAUCCUGUCCCCCCAACAGACCGAGGAGUCCAGCAAUCCUCCCCAGAGGUGGUUUGUCACCUCUGUGCAACAGCCUGGCACCAAUAGGUUGGACUUUACCUCUUACGAUGCAGAUUAUGCUGCCAAUGCCUUGCUGCCCUAUGGUCUCAAGCCUCUACCCAUUCAGUCAGCUCAUUCUCUGAGCUAUUAUCCUGACCCAACAUUUGGUUGGGGUUCCAGGAGUUCCCAGUACCAGAGAAAGAUAGCCUCUGGGCUAACAUGGUCCUCCAGAACGAGUCCACCAGCUUUCCCUGAAGAUCAAGUGUUGUCCUCCGAGGACAAAGCAAGGGAAGAAGCCAACUCACCUUGGAUUGAAACCCCACCAUCCAUUAAAUCCAUGGACUCAGACUCUGGACUCUAUGAAAAUGCCUGCAAGAGAAGAAGGGUUUCAGCUGGCAACUCUAGCAGUGAAAGUUCACCAACAAUUAAAUGUGAGACAAUUACUUCUAAAGAGUAUAACAAGGAUGGUGCAAAAGCAAUGGGCUACUAUACUUUCUACACCAGCCCUUAAGGUAUUCCCGAGAAGUUUGCCUGUAUAUAUCCAAUCCAUUCACCAAAUGUCGAGAUGGUCUUAGGAGUGCCAAAAAGACUGAAGUUUCCUUCCACCUUAAGAACUGACCUUGUACAGUCUAAUAGUGCAAUCAAAUUUUUAAGAAGGUGCCAAAGUUAUCUGAUGCUGUAAGCGAUAAGAUGAAGAAAUUCUAGCUAAGUCUGAUCGAAUGUGAUGUCCCAUAACAUAUAGUAUUAACUUUAGGAGGAAUUUCUUGGUGGGAGGGGCUUAAAUACCAGAUUGACGUUUACUGUGUGUGGUUUUAUUUAUUUGACAAUACAAAUAUGUACAGUUCCUGUUCUUUAUAGUCUACUGUAGAAGGGGUGCAGUAUGGUGUAAAAGAAAAUGAGUGUUAGUUCAAUGAAUAAAACCCAGUCCUUUCCAAUUCCAUCAAUAUGUACAGAUUAAGCAAAAACAACAUUUUCAAGCAUUAAUUUUUCACAAGCAAUAAAAUAAGACUUGUUCAGACUCUAUAAUUUCAGCUUUCCAAGGGUUGCUGUGAGGAGGGAACUAAUGUAUUUGUAAAGUCUUGAUAAAUGCAUAGCUAAUGCACUUAUAAUUCUGACCAUUUCCCAUUCUCAUUCACAUGAAAAAAUAGAAUAGCGAAAGACCUAUUGGCACCUUAGUUACAAAUUUAUCAGGCUUCGGGUGGUCAUUUGAUUGUAGUUGUGGAAAUUAAAAUCUCACACAGAAUUCAAAUCAUUCUUCAAGUAACGAUGUGUUUAAAAGUGUCAGCAUAUGUGCACCUCCGCAAAUUAACAAACAAUUUUUUUUCAAUACUACAAUAACCCUGUGUGUACCUGCUGAACUCAGACCAUUUUACAUUUCCCUACAAUCAAGCCAACAGUCUGAAAUUGUCUUGGAAUGUUAUUUGCUACGAGUUUAAAAAAAAACAAAUCAGGGCUUACUUAAAAAUGGCGUCGGUACGUGGUUUAUUUGCAAAAUAAAGUACCAGAUUUUCAAGAAUUAGUUAAAAUGCAGUGUAAUGAAAUCCCUUCACUGACAAUACUGUACAUUCACAGCCAGGCUUCGUGGGAAAAUGGUUUUCUUGCUGAUUAUUUCCAAAUUAUGCAUUCUAAGUAGAGAAAUCAGACACCAAGAAAUAACGAAAUGUUUUUGGAAUAUUUUUGAUGGUUGG